AUGGCAGCUCCCCGGCCGAUAAAAGGUAUUCUGAAGAACAAGAACAGCGGGACGGGCAUCAAAGUGGGUCCAGCCGAAGAAGUGCCAGUAGAGACUCCAGAACAAGUGGAACCUGGACUUCUGGAAGAUGACCAACAGUGAGUAGACAGAGUCAGUUAGCUAGCUUAGUUUCUUGUUGACACCGACAGUCUAGGUAGCUUAGCUUACUCGGCGUUGGGUGCUGCCCUGGCUAAAAACUUUAUGGACUUACUAGCUAACGUAACGUCGUCAGCAAUGUGCCAGGAAACUUAGUACAUAACGCUAACUAACUAGCUAGCUAACGUUAGCAAGUCGGUUGUCAGGCUUACUUUCCAAUUUCCUCAUAUUGUUCUCACUAGACUGUUAGCUUACCAGUUCAUGUUAGCAAGCCAAUUUUGCUAGCUAGUUUGCCCGAGAAGGUAACAUUAGCUAGCUACGUUACCUAGCUAACGUUAGCAACGUCACAAAUGUCUGCUUGUUGUCAAUGUCAGCUGAUAAGGUGGCUAGUUAAUAGUUUAUCCGCGUAAAUCUGGCUGUGUCGUCAGCCAACUCACUGAAGUUGGCUGUUAAUGGUGGGUGAUGAAUGGGUUGACUGGCUAGCUAUGGACAAAAUGACAGGCAGUUGGCACAGCCAUUUUUACCAGCGAAAACAAACAAACAAUUUGGAAGUUGUUUUUUAAUUUAUUCUACAGAUAUGUUCAAAUCCAGAGAUUAUUUUAGUAAUUAGUUAACAUUUCUUAAAUCUUAUGUUGGCAUCAGGUAUGUUAGCCAGCAAGUUACCCAUUCCUACUAUCCAUCACACACAAUGUACAGCAGUAGCUGAAGGAUUCAGACCUGUAAAUGAUAAAGGCUCAUUAUCAUUUUGUGGUGGGCACAGACAGUCCCAUACAGUUUAGUUUCUAAAACCGUGGGUAAAUUUGGAAGCUGGAUGGAAGCCUACAGUACACUCCACCCUUUGUGCCUAGAGUGUCAUCAGUGAGUAUCUUCCCGACUGCUGUCAAUGCACUGACCUCCACAUCCCAAGCUGUCACAUUAUAUUUACUCCAUGGCCUCAGUUGUCAGAACUGUGGUGAGUUUAUGCCUGAAGUCAGGCGCCUCUGAUGCAUUGAUCUCAUUCACUUUGGCUCUUUCGCCGCAGUGGCAAGACCAGAUGUCUCAGGAUAAAGUCACUGCGCUCCAGUUUCGGAGUGCUGCGUCUCCAAGUCUCCACUCAUCGGUCCCAUGCAAAAUGGGUGAUAUAUUGGCUACAAUGUAACAUUAAACUGUCAGUGAGCUAAUCAUUUUGAGCGGUUAAGUUGCUCAAAUGAUACCACUAGGAAAUACGGCUUGGCUAAUAGCAACAAGAGUGAUGUCUUCUCAAUUACAGGAUGUCUUUUUAACAAAGAGCUGGUGGUCCAUGUGAAGAUGCACAAGUGGAUAGAGAUGGAGGUUGUUCGAGUUUCAAUAAUUAAUGCAUGUGAUUUAUAUAGUCAAUUUAUGGUGUUAGGUGGCUAGCCUUCAUAUAACCUACUAUGAGGCUCAUAACUUCCCAUCCAUCUGAAAAUAAGCCAUACAAGGAUGGCAUUUAUCAGUGAAUUCCAUUCCCAGCAGUGAGUCAAGGCAGUUCUGUGUUGAUACCAAAAUAGUCUCUCUGUAGGAAAUGGGUAAAAAGGUUUCCUGAACGAUUCUUUGUGCAGCCAAUCCCCAAAUGUAGUGGGAUGAGAGGCGCACGGCUGGCCGUGCUGUAGCCUACUCCUUCAAUUCAGACCACGUCUGUAGAAAAUGAACAAGAACACGCACACGCGGCUGCAUGCACACACUCCUUCCGCACCAAGGGAACUGCUAGGGUUUUUCUAUCCUGUCUCUCUGACGUACUCCCAAAACCACACAUGGCUUAUUUUCUCCUCACGACUCCUUUCAGGCUCUCUCCCAAAUUUGAGCUUAAGCCAUCUGUUCUGUCUGUAUUAGUGUACUACUUUCAGUCAAAAUCAGAUUUAGCUUUGAUGGAUGAGCAGUAGGACCGAGACGAUACUAGUGCUGCGAAAAAAAAUUCCUUGGCAAAAAUGAAACCACAAAGCAGACCGAACUAUUUGGUCUUUUGAAAACCUGCUGUAUGUAAAAUAUGGUGUGCCAUAGCUUGGAAAAUAAAUGUCACUCUGGAUGACAACAACAUCAUUUUGGUUUUGUUUUCCUAAAGUUAAUUCUGCUUCGUGUUUUUGUUUCCUUUCCACGAUACUAACGAAUAUCGCAAUGCUGGUAUCGUCCCGGCACUACUGAGCAGAGAGAUUUAUUGUUGAAGCAUAUUGUCACACUUAAAAAUGUCCAUCAACAUUUCAAAACAGUCACGUGAGUUCUAAUAUUAAAGCUUUCACAUAAUGAAGUCACCAUAGAACGUCAGGUAAUAAUGGAAUGCUCAACUGGGACGACAAAAUAUCAAGCUUGUUUUGCUAUUUGAUCAGGGAGGACAGCGGCAUGUUCUCGCAGCAGUCUUUCGUUUUUUUUCAUGGUGCAAUUUAACUUAGUUUAGUAGAGAACUGUACACAGGUGUAGGAGGCUAUUUGCAAUGAAUGAUGUUUAAAAAGUCUAGUUUUGACCUUACUUUUGACCAGACACUGUCAUUCAUAAAGCUAAUUGAACACAUGUGCCAGUGAAAUUAUAACACUGCAUGCUAUUGUUAUGGAGAAACGUGCACUUUAACCUUCAACCUCAACACUAUUUGGCUAUCCCAUCUCAAGGUUAGCUGUGCAGACGGAACAAUGAAUCAACUAAAGCUAUCGGAAUUGUAUCAUUGCCACAGCAGUUUCUCAUUCUUUAUUAUAAAAAAAAAUAAAAUAUUUCACCUUUAUUUAACUAGGCAAGUCAGUUAAGAACAAAUUCUUAUUUACAAUGACAGCCUACACAGGCCAAACCCGGACGCUGGGCCAAUUGUGCGCCGCCCUAUGGGACUCCCAAUCACGGCCGGUUGUGAUACAGCCUGGAAUCGAACCAGGAGGUCUGUAGUGACGCCUCAAGCACCGAGAUGCAGUGCCUUAGACCGCUGAGAUGCAGUGCCUUAGACCGCUGAGAUGCAGUGUCUUAGACCGCUGCGCCACUCGGGAGCCCAAAGUCAUGUAUUGUUUGGGAAAACAGUACUUUGUACCUGAAGACAUUCCAAAAGUUCCUAUCUGUAGCAAGGGUUUUCCUCCAAUUGGCAACAGAUUUUCAUGCAAAUAUUCUGAAACCUGCAUAAAAACAAUAUGCACGUUUUUCCACCAGAGAUGUGUUUCCAUCAAAUUGACUUGUUGCAGAUAAAACGCUGUGCCUUUAUAAACAGCAUGCUUUCCCGAGUUGUAGUGGGAGGACCACACAACAUAUAAUCAAAGUUUACUUCGAUAUGAUGGUUAUUACAUCAAUAUUUGCAGUUUCCACUGCCAUUUCUCGCAUAAUUAAUUUUACCAACACAAAAAUAUCCUUUCUGUUACUGGCCCAGCGCUCAAAACCGCUAGGCUGUGUUGUCAUCGCUUGUGUUUCCCGCAGGGGACAGAAAGGGCUGGAGCUUUUAAUUCAUUAUACAGCACCAAGGGGAUAUCCUGAGCCAGCUUUCCAAAUAUCCCUAUUGCUGUCACAAAGCAUUUGUCCACUCUGCACCUGUCCAGAGUCCAAACAAUCACAACUUCCUGCCAUAGAGUUCUAGAAAGAGUCACGGGGCAUGACUAUUGGUGCCCCAUGACCAAUACAGUCAAACACAUUUUCUCAAUUUCAAUGUAGGCCAUUUCAUUGCACUCACUAAUCAGUCAACAUUGAUGCACGGACCCCAAGCUCAAGUCAUUCAUUAUUCAUUAAAGCCAAUGACUUUUAACUGAGUCACACGCAUGGUUCCAUGAAACUCUAUCUCUCCUCCACUGACUUCGAUGCCCCAUCUGACCGUUUCAUGAAUGGGUUGAGGGACAUGAUUUUUCAUACAGUGGGUAAAAACCAUAGACGGGAACUGUAUAGGAGCCUACAGACUGUUGCAGUACAGUAGAUCAAAUGGGCACUGCAGUCCUUUGACAUUGGGCUCCGCUGGGUUCAACCAAAAAAUAUGUUUAUUUAAAAACAGAUUUAUCUCAACAUCAGUUGAUUUCAUCUGGGCUUUCCCCGCCUCUCCAUGUCUGUACUACUCCAUAUAUUGGCUUUGGUGUGCUCUGGUUCUACAAACAACACAUUUUUUUACAUUUUAGUUGUUUAGCAGGACCUCUUAUCCAGAGCGACUUACAGUGGAGCGCAUACAUUUUCGUAUUGGUCCCCCCGUGGAAAUCGAACCCACAACCCUGGCGUUGAUAGCGCCAUGCUCUUCCAGCUGAGCCACACGGGAACACCAGAGAGCUCUUUAACACAUUGCUUGUCUUAGAAUAUGCUAUCUGAUAGUGUAGCACUCCUCUCCAAAGCUCACUUCACUUACUGAGAGUUUUUAGAGGGAUGUGCACAGCUGUCGGCGCCUCCAAGAGAUGCUCACUCACUGCACACACACUGAAUGGGAGAGCCAAAUAGCGCCUGCCCGAGUCCGUUCUCGUAAGAGUGCUGUUUUUACCCGAAGAGGUGGUUGUCGUCAUUCCAUUAUGUUUUUUUUUAUAGAAACGUUUUGUUCUGACUGGCUGCGUCAGGUCUUGAGUGGAUUUGCACGUCUGCUGUUUACUGAAAAUCAGGCCAGGCUGGCUGGCUGUGCCUGGGAUGUGUUGUAUAACCGUCCCCCCUCACACAUACAGACGGAUAAAGACAGACACAGAAAUACACAGACUGACGUACAGACAGUUCGAGCAGUGCAACGUUACUGGUUCCUCUCCACUACUGGCUUGUCAACACUCCUCACAUGCACAUACAUACAAGACUCCCUAUCUGCCCUGGCCCAGAUGCAGUCACGCUGACUUGGCCUUUGCUAAAAUGAUUUAGAAAUUGGGCAUCAAGGUAGGGUUCAAAGUCUGGUGAAUGUAGCUGCAUCAAAGUAGGGUUGGUGAUGUGCUGCAGUAACUGCAAACUAGUCAUUUCCACAUAUACAGUGAGCUCCAAAAGUAUUAGGACAGUGACACAUUUUUGUUGUUUUGGCUCUGUGCUCCAGCACUUAGGAUUUGAAAUUAGGAUAAAGUGCAGAUUGUCAGCUUUAAUUUGAGGGUAUUUUCAUCCCUAUCAGAUGAACCGUUUACAAAUUACAGCACCUUUUGUACAUAGUCCUCUAUUUUAGGGGACCAAAAGUAUUGGGACAAAUUCACUUGUGUGUUUUAAAGUAGUCAGAACGUUUAGUAUUUGGUCCCAUAUUCAUAGCACGCAAUGAUUACAUCAAGCUUGUGACUCCAAACUGGUUGGAUGCAUUUGCUGUUUUGUUUUGGUUGUGUUUCAGAUGAUUUUGUGCCCAAUAGAAGUUAAUGGUAAAUAAUGUAUUUUGUCAUUUUGGAGUCACUUGUAUUGUAAAUAACAAUAGAAUGUUUCUAAUCACUUCUACAUUAAUGUGGAUGCUUCCAUGAUUACGGAUAAUCCUGAAUUCAUCGUGAAUAAUGAUGAGUGAGAUAUUUGUUGUACAUUUACCCCUUUUUCGUGAUAUCCAAUUGGUAGUUAGUCUUGUCCCAUCGCUGCGUCCUCUGAAACACGACCCUGCCAAGCCGCUCUGCUUCUUUACACACUUCUCGCUUAAGCCGGAAGCCAGCCGCACCAAUGUGUCGGAGGAAACACCAAAAUUGUAGAGUCACAAGCUUUAUGUAAUCAUUGCGUGCUAGGAAUAUGGGACCAAAUACUUAACUUUUGACUACUUUAAUACACAUACAAGUGAAUUUGUCCCAAUACCUUUGGUCCCCUACAAUGGGGGGGACUACGUACAAAAAGUGCUGUAAUUUCUAAACGGUUCUCCCGAUAUGGAUGAAAAUACCCUCAAAUUAAUGCUGACCGUCUGCACUUUAACCUCCAUAGUCAUUGUAUCAUUUCAAAUCCAAACUGCUGGAGCACAGUGCCAAAACAACAAAAAAAUGUGUCACUGUCCCAAUACUUUUGGAACUCACUGUAUGUCUCUGACAAUCUGUCAUGUAAUGAUAACAACAUUUUAUGUUUUGUCUUCACUAGUUUGCAUUGGUUUCUUACAUGCAUACCAUGGGUUGUAUAUGUUAUGAAACUGUGCUUAAGAGCCGGGCUACCUCAGCAAGUCUGACUGAGUAGUAUGGAUAUGUGCCUCAUCUGAUGAUGUGCCAUUUUAGUGUGAGGCACAGCAGGACAAGGCACGUCUCCCAUUUGAUUUAGCCCAGUGCCAUCGACACAGUCAAACUGCCUGCUGUGUGCCUGACUUAUUGAGCACCUCUGUGUUUGUGUGUGUGUGAGGGGGAAGAGGUGUGUGUGUGUGUGUGUGUGUGUGUGUGUGUGUGUGAGUUAGCAGCUAGCGAAGGCUCUGCAGGAUUACUGCAGCAGGGAGCAGAUUUAUCACCCUCUCCCCCCUGCCUCUCUGUCCCAUGAUGGCAGGCCUCUCCCCCCAUAAACACGUCCGGCAGGCUGGCUGCUUUGACAAAGGGAGAGCGGGGUGUGCCAGUAGAGAUAGUUUAACGGCUGUAUUUGGCACUGUCUCCAAGUCCAGACAGCGGUGUUAUUGAAGGCGCCAACUCCAGCCAGAAGCCCAGAGAGAGCCUACAAUUUGUACCCGGGGAAGGCACAUUUGUGAAGGAUAAGCACCUCUAUCCACCCACCAGCUCACUCACUCAAUCAUCCUCAGCAUCACGCUGAAGGUGAAGUGACCCACGUCUGUACGAGGCCACCGUCAUUUUCCGAACAAUGAAUCAUUUAAUUGUACAUAAUAAGACCCCUUUUGAUUUAAUUGCAGCCUUGUUUGUGUUCCCGAAAUACACUACGGGAGUGAAAACUGGGGCACAGUAGUCCUAGAUUAAAUCUGCCAGGUCUCUAGGGUAAUAUCUGGUUGGCUUGAAUACCACCCUGAGCUCUCCUCUCUGGAACCAUUCUUUCAGGAAGAAGUCACAGAAAUGGGACGAAAUGAACAUCCUGGCAACGUACCACCCGGCAGACAAGGACUACGGGUUGAUGAAGAUCGACGAGCCCAGCACGCCCUACAACAGGUGAGUUGCCCCAUUCAUUGUGUAAAGCGUGACACAAUUCAUUCUCAUGAACAGGUAAGGACAUAGUUACCCAGCGAAUGUCAAAAUGGCUUCCCAUAUUCAAUGUUAUCCAGUAUUUCCAGUAAGUGUUUUGGACUUUUGUUACAAAUACCUCAUUAUGGACUAAUUCAUGAAUUGAUUCAAUUAGUUAAGCCUAUUACAUGUGAAAAUUACAGUUGGGCUUUUCACACUACAUAUUCCUAGCCCUGGGCCAACCAAAAAAACAACUUACUUUUCUGGAGUUUAAUAUUCAAAUUAGGUGACAACAGAGCUUUGUGAUUGACUUUGCCUGAGAAUAAACUCUGCUCUGGUAAGUUUGGUGUUAUCCCACUUUAGAAUGUGUGUGAACAGUCCUUUGACCCCCUGGGUAAAUGUGACUAAUGUGAGGUAGAAUAGAGACUAGUCUGGGUUGAUAAUGUUUUUAGAUAAUAUGUUCACCUCAGAUUAAAUACAAUUCUGAUAGCAGAUUGGCCUGCUCUCACAGGGCACCUUAAUUCUUGCAGUGCAGGUUCAGUGUGAGUGUGUGUGGAUGAGUUUCUGCCCAGUCUGCAUAAAACAGGGGGGGUCUAAACAAGCAUGUAACCCAAUCUGCCAUAGCCGCUGCUUAGAAGGUCACCGCUGUGACACUCUGUUCUCUCCUUCUCUCCCCCCCCCCCUCCUCUCUUUCCCUCUUCCUCAGGAUGGUGGGGGACGAGGAGGACGAAGGGGCGCACAGCGACUCAGAGGGCAACGCGCCAACUGUGGAAGACCUGGCCUCCAAGUAA